CUUACCCCUCUCCUCUGCCCUCCGUUGGCAUUUUCACCUCCCUCUUCCACUCCCUGUAAUAAAUUAUUCCUAACAAAAACAGGCCAAAACCCCAAAAUACCAAAAAAGGACAAAAACAUAUAUAAAAAAGAAAGAAAGUAAAAAAACCCAUCCCAAAACACAAAAACACCAUUAAAACAUAGAUGAAGCACAGACUGGGAAUCUAACCACCACCUCCUCUCCUUCUCUCUCCUUCUCUCUCUCUUUCUCUUCCAAGUCCAUACCACAAUGGACUUCAUUUGAGAGAAGAAGAAAGACCCACAGAAAAAGUUUCGUCUUUUUGUAUUUAAUGGCAGCUCCAAGUGGGUUAAGUUUAGACCCACCACAACCUCCAACAACUACAGAAGUAUGUCAAUGGCUAAAGAACUUACCUUUAGCACCUGAAUACCGUCCAACACUAUCUGAAUUCCAAGAUCCAAUUGCUUACAUUUUCAAAAUUGAAAAAGAAGCUUCCCAAUAUGGAAUCUGCAAAAUUAUCCCUCCUGUCUUACCCUCUGCUAAAAAAACCACUCUUUCUAAUCUCAACCGCUCUCUCUGCGCCCGUAACGGUGGUUCCUCCGCCCCCACAUUCACCACACGACAGCAGCAGAUCGGAUUUUGCCCCAGGAAACCCCGCCCUGUUCAAAAACCCGUGUGGCAGAGCGGGGAGACCUACACAUUUCAAGAAUUUGAAACCAAGGCUAGAACCUUUGAGAAGAAUUACUUGAAGAAGUUCUCUAAGAAGGGAGCUCUUUCUCCAUUAGAAAUUGAAACCCUUUAUUGGAAAGCUACUUUAGAUAAGCCUUUUUCUGUAGAAUAUGCGAAUGAUAUGCCUGGUUCUGCGUUUUCUCCGAGGAAAAAGGAGGGACAAGGAGGGGUUGCUGGGGAGGGAAUGAGUGUGGGGGAUACUGAGUGGAAUAUGAGGGGAGUUUCAAGGGCAAAAGGGUCCUUGUUGAGGUUUAUGAAGGAGGAAAUACCUGGGGUUACUUCGCCUAUGGUUUAUGUUGGGAUGAUGUUUAGUUGGUUUGCUUGGCAUGUUGAGGAUCAUGAUUUGCAUAGCUUAAAUUAUAUGCAUAUGGGUGCUGGGAAGACUUGGUAUGGUGUGCCUAGAGAGGCUGCUGUUGCAUUUGAGGAAGUUGUUAGGGUUCAUGGGUAUGGCGGAGAGAUUAAUCCUCUUGUUACAUUUGCUGUUCUUGGUGAGAAGACGACAGUAAUGUCACCUGAAGUAUUUAUCAGUGCAGGUGUACCAUGCUGCAGGUUAGUCCAAAAUGCUGGGGAAUUUGUGGUCACCUUCCCAAGAGCCUAUCAUUCAGGGUUCAGUCAUGGAUUCAAUUGUGGGGAGGCAGCCAAUAUUGCAACGCCUGAAUGGUUGAUGGUUGCUAAAGAUGCUGCUAUUCGAAGAGCUUCAAUCAAUUACCCUCCUAUGGUGUCUCAUUUCCAGUUACUUUAUGAUCUUGCACUCGAAUUUUGUACAAGAAUACCCGUGAACAUCAGUGCUAAACCACGGAGUUCAAGACUGAAAGAUAAGCAAAAGGGUGAAGGAGAAAUGCUGGUUAAAGAGCAAUUUGUGAAAAAUAUGAUACAGAAUAAUGACCUGCUUCAUAUUCUUGGAAAAGGAUCUUCAGUGGUGCUUCUUCCACGAGGUUCUUCAGACAUUUCUGUUUGUUCAAAAUUACGAGUUGGAUCCCAGUUAAGAGACAACCCCACCCUUGGAUUAUGCAGCCAGAAGGAUGUUAUGAAAUCCUCAAAAAGCUCAGGUUCUGGUGACAUCUUGCAGGACAAGAACCAGGAAAUCAAUCAAGUGAAAGGCAUCUUUUCAGUGAAAGCAAAGUUUGCUUCUUUGUGUGAAAGGAAUAGAUUUUCCACAUUAAAUGGAAAUGAAUGCUCACAGAGUAUGAACACAGGCACUGAAAGAGGUCGUUCCAUUCAUGGUGAUAAGUUGUCAGACCAGAGACUGUUUUCAUGCGUCACAUGUGGGAUAUUGAGCUUUGAUUGCCUUGCCAUCAUUCAACCAAAGGAAGCAGCUUCUAGAUACCUCAUGUCAGCUGAUUGCAGCUUCUUUAAUGAUUGGGCCGUUGGUUCUGGAGUAACUAGGGAUGUUUUUGCUGUUGCUGGUGGGAUUGCAAACAUUUCUGAGCAGAAUUCCUCAAGGUGGGUGGAAAAGAAUACCGCGGCUGGUUUUUAUGACGUCCCUGUUCAAUCUCCUAAUUACCAAAUUCAGAUGGCAGAUCAAGGUGUUGAAGUGGCUUCCAGCUCUGCAAAACAGUUAGAGGCUUCUGCUCUUGGCCUGUUAGCUUUGAAUUAUGGAAAUUCUUCUGACUCUGAGGAAGAUCAGGUUGAAGCAGAUCUAUCUCACCAUGAUGAAAUUAACAUGACAAACUGUCCAUUAGAAAACAAAUAUCAGUGUCAGAGUUCUGCCUUCCCUUCUUACAAGCAGAAGGACUAUGAUGCUGCAACCGGUGGUCUCCCUCAAUCUCCAUCAAGACUUGAUGAGCGGGAUGAUGUUCCUCUCAAAGCUAAUGAUAUGAAUCCAGAACAUGGAGAUAGACGAGAUGAUUUCAAGGAUAAAACUGAUGAGUGUUCUUUUGGCUUCCCAACCGGUAACCUUGCUUCAAUUGAAUCAAACAGUUUGGAUGGUAGAUACAGAGAUCCGAUGUCAAUGUCACACGUGUCUUUAAAUUGUUCCCCAAUUGUCCAUGAUAUUGAAAAAACAAAGUUCAACAGGCCUAUUGCACCAAUAGAGAAUCCAGACAUGCCAUUUACCCAAAGAUCUGACAAAGAUUCUUCAUGCAUGCAUGUGUUCUGUCUUGAGCAUGCUGUAGAAAUAGAACAGCAACUUCGUCAAAUUGGUGGAGUACAUAUAUUGCUUCUCUGUCAUCCAGAGUAUCCCAGGAUUGAAGGGGAGGCAAAGUUAGUGUCAGAAGAACUGGGGAUUGAUCAUCUAUGGAAUGACAUCACUUUCAGGGAUGCUGCCAAAGAGGACGAGGAGAGGAUCCAGUCAGCUUUGGAUAGUGAGGAAGCCAUACCAGGGAGUGGGGACUGGGCUGUAAAGUUGGGGAUCAAUCUCUUUUUCAGUGCCAACCUCAGCCGAUCUCCUUUUUAUAGUAAGCAGAUGCCAUACAAUUCUGUUAUAUACAAUGCGUUUGGUCUUGCUUCUUCAGUUAGCUCGACCCCAAAAUUCAAGGUGUAUGGAAGGAGGUCUGGCAAGCCAAAAAAAGUUGUGGCUGGGAAAUGGUGUGGAAAAGUUUGGAUGUCAAAUCAAGUUCAUCCCUUUCUAGUGAUAAGUGAUCGUGUGGAUCAAGAUCAUGAACAAGAACAAGAUAGAAGCUUCCAUGCUUCGGCAACACCAGAUGAAAAGCUUGAGAAAAAACCACAAACCAGCAACAAAACUGAAACCACUAGAAAAUCUGGGAGGAAGAGGAAAAUAACAGCAGGGAGUCGAUCGAUUAAGAAAGUAAAGUUUCUGGAAGCAGAAGAACCGGAUUCAGAAGACUCGAUGGGGGAUAAUUGUCAUAGGCAGCGUGUGAGGUGCGGGCGCAAAUGGGCCAAAUCUGUUGAGAGUGAUGAUGCAGUUUCAGAUGAUCCAUUAGCAGAGCAUGUUCGUCAGCAGUAUAGGAGAAUGCGUAGAAGCAAGCAAGCCAAAUCUAUCAAGAGGGAAAAUACUGUUUCUUAUGCGUCAGUGGAGAACAAGUUUCAAAAGCAGCUUAAGAGAGCUCACAGGAGUGACCGAGCCAAAUUUUUUGAGAGACAAUCUGCAGCUUCUGAUAACUCACUGGAUGAUAAUAGUGAUCAGUGGCAUGAGAGAGCUCCAAGAAGCACACGAGCAAAAUAUACUGAGAGUGAAGAUGCAUUUUCAGAUGAUUCACCAGAGGAGAGUUCUCCUUGGCUACAUGGGAGGGUUCCUAAGAGCAAACAAUUGAAAUAUAUUGACAAGGAAGGUGCGAUUUCAGAUGAUUCAUUGGAGAGUGGCUCUCAUCAGCACAACAGGAGGGUAUCUAGAGGCAAGCGAGCCCAACUUAUUAAAAGGAACGAUGUGGUUUCUGAUGAUUCAUUGGAUGAAAGUGCAUAUCAGCGGCUCCCGAGAUUUUCUAGAAGCAAGCUAGCCAAAUUAAUUGAGAGGGAAAAUGCAGUUUCAGAUGAUUCAUUGGACGACAAUAUCCACCAGCAUCAUGGAAGGGUUCUUAAAAGCAAGCAAGCCAAAUUUGUUGAAGGGGAAGAUGCAAUUUCAGAUGAUUCUCAUGAGGACAAUACUGACUGGCAGUGCAAAAGAAUUCCUAGAAGCAAAAUGGCCAAAUUUGUUGAGAGUGAAGAUGCAGCUUCAGAUGAUCUGCAGGAGGAUGAUACCCAUGAGCAUCGCAGAAGAAUUCCAAAAAGCAAAAAGACGAACUUUAUUGAGAGGGAAGUUGUAAUUUCUGAUGAUCUGUGGGAGAAUAAUACUCAUCGGCACCCUAGGAAGGCUCCUAGAAGCAAGCAAGCCAGAUUUAUUGAGAGGGAAGAUCUUGUUUCAGAUGACUUGCUGGAGGAUAAUUCUGAUCAGCAGCAGAAGAGGAUUCUUCGAAGCAAGCAGAAGAAAUCUGCAACACUUUGCCAAAUGAAACAAGGGACUCGGAAACCAAAGCACAUUGCCCCCAAGAUGAUAAAAAAAGAAACCCUGAAAUUAAUAAAACAAGAGAGGCAAAUAAAGCAAGAGACUCCUCAGCAACGUAUUGGUAAAAGUGAGCUGAAUGCUAGGCAGUUUGAUUCACAUUCUGAAGAGGGGGUAGAAGGUGGACCUAGCACGCGCCUUAGGAAAAGACCCUCAAAGCCUCCAAAACAGUUGGAAACAAAGCUGAAAGAAAAGCAACAAAACAGUAGGAAAAAACUGAAGGAUGCUUCAGCAGUGAAGGCUCCAGUUGGCAGAAAGAAUGUUAAAAUAAAAGAUGAGGAAGCAGAAUAUCAGUGUGACAUUGACGGGUGCACAAUGAGUUUUGGAUCAAAACAAGAGCUUGCAAUGCACAAAAGAAACAUUUGUCCAGUCAAGGGGUGUGGAAAGAAGUUCUUCUCACACAAAUAUUUAGUGCAGCAUCGCCGAGUCCACAUAGAUGACCGCCCUCUCAAGUGCCCUUGGAAGGGAUGCAAGAUGACGUUCAAGUGGGCAUGGGCCCGGACAGAACAUAUCAGGGUUCACACAGGUGCGCGUCCAUAUGUGUGUGCUGAGGAAGGCUGUGGACAAACAUUCAGAUUUGUGUCAGAUUUCAGUCGUCACAAGCGUAAGACUGGUCAUUCGGCAAAGAAAAGCAGGGGGUAAUAUAAAGAACAAAUGUAAUUUAACAUUGCUAAUGAAAUUGUUCAUUUGACAGGGUAGGGCUAGGUUUAAAAGAUAGAGAUUAGAGUUUCCCUGUAAUUGUCAUUGAGAGUAACAAUUAAUUCUCUUCACCAGGGGUUUAAGUGGCCUUCCAUUUACUGCAACCUGAGCAGUUGCUUGGAUAUUGAAACAGAUUAAUCUCCAAUCAUUGCCAAAUGCCAAUUCUUGUUUCUAUUUAA